GGCGUACCCUCCUUCCUUCCUACAACUUUCGCGCAGUUGCCUACGAGCUUUCUCUGCAUUGCAUACAAUAUAAAGCCAGGAGAAGGUUCUAUCGUACCAUUCAACACACAGAUACGAAAGUUGCCUAAUCAAAUUCUUUUAUUUUCCAUUUAAAAAAAAAAAAAAAAGUUUCUUCAUCCUCGUUUUCUACAUUCAUUUUUGUUGUUCUCCGCCCUGCCAGAAGGAAAAAAAAAACAUGAGGAAAGAAACCACAACUACUGAUCCUCAUCAGGGCAAAGGCACUUAUUAUUUUUCAGAUAACACCUCGGACACUGAGAGCAUUGCCAGCGAUCGAACUGCCUUUAGCGGUCCUCUUGGAGUUGGAGUUGGAGCUCCUCUCCACAAAAAACGUUCCUCAAAGAAGAGCGCAAGGUUCAAUCUUCCACCCGAAACCUCCUCUGCCGGUGUCGAGGAUCCAUCCAGCUCCUAUGUAGAGAUUACUCUUGACAUUCGCGACGACUCUGUGGCGGUUCACAGCGUCCAGGGGGCUAAUUAUGAGGACCCAGAUUUGGCGUUGCUUGCAAAGAGGACUCUCGAGAACAAGUCUACUUCCCUGUUUCGAAACACCUCUUCCCAUAUAAAGCAGGAGCUCAAACGUUUUGCUUCCCUGUCAAGGAGACCUUCUGCCGCUAAAAGGUUUGAUAGAACAAAGUCAGCUGCUGCUCAUGCCCUGAAGGGCCUCAAGUUCAUCGCCGCAAAAACUGGAUCUUCUGCAAAUGGAUGGUCUUCUGUUGAAAAGAGAUUUCAACAACUUACUGUUAAUACUGAUGGUCUCCUUCACUGUUCCUUGUUCGGUGAAUGCAUAGGCAUGAACAAGGAUUCAAAGGAAUUUGCUGGUGAAUUAUUUCGCGCGCUUGCUCGGAAGCAUAACAUAAAUGGUGAUUCUAUUAACAAGGCACAGCUAAAAGAUUUCUGGGACCAGAUCUCUGAUGAAAGCUUCGAUUCCCGGCUCCAAAUAUUCUUUGACAUGGUGGACAGAGACGCUGACGGAAGAAUCACAGAAGAAGAAGUAACAGAGAUUAUCAGUUUAAGUGCUUCUGCAAACAAGCUCUCCAACAUUCAGAAACAAGCCAAGGAAUACGCUGCCCUAAUUAUGGAAGAAUUAGACCCAGAUAAUGCUGGAUACAUCAUGAUUUAUAAUCUAGAAACACUACUACUGCAAGCUCCAAACCAAUCUGUCAGAAUUGGAGAUAGCCGAGUUUUGAGUCAACUACUGAGUCAGAAACUCAAGCCUACACAAGAGACCAAUCCAUUAAAAAAAUGGUAUCAAAAGGCCAAGUACUUUUUCUUAGAUAACUGGCAGAGAGUGUGGAUCAUGGCAUUGUGGCUGGGAAUCGUAGCUGGUUUAUUUAGUUACAAGUUUGUACAGUACCGAAAUAAGGCUGUAUUCGAGGUAAUGGGCUACUGUGUUUGCAUUGCCAAAGGAGGGGCAGAGACACUUAAAUUCAAUAUGGCCUUGAUUUUACUGCCUGUCUGUCGGAACACCAUUACUUGGCUCAGAAACAAGACUAAGUUGGGAGUGGCUGUGCCUUUCGACGACAAUCUCAAUUUCCACAAGGUGAUUGCCGUUGGAAUUGCCAUUGGGAUUGGGCUACAUGCAGGUGCGCAUUUAACUUGUGAUUUUCCACGGCUUCUCCAUGCCACUGAAGAGGAAUACGAGCCUAUGGAGCCUUAUUUUGGGGAAGACCAACCCGAAAACUACUGGUGGUUUGUAAAAGGGGUGGAGGGGGUCACAGGAAUUAUAAUGGUAGUCCUAAUGGCUAUAGCCUUCACACUAGCCACUCCUUGGUUUAGGCGUAACAAGCUCAAUCUUCCCAAACCCCUCAAGAAACUAACAGGUUUCAAUGCCUUCUGGUAUUCUCAUCAUCUCUUCGUAAUUGUCUACGCUCUCCUCAUUGUCCAUGGUAUUUACCUCUACCUCACCAAGACAUGGUAUCAUAAAACGACAUGGAUGUAUCUAGCAGUGCCCAUAAUCCUUUAUGCAUGUGAGAGGUUGAUCAGGGCAUUUAGAUCACGAAUCAAGUCCGUUAAGAUUCUCAAGGUUGCUGUAUAUCCGGGAAAUGUCCUAGCAUUGCACAUGUCAAAGCCACAAGGCUUCAAAUAUAAGAGUGGACAGUACAUGUUUGUCAACUGCGCUGCAGUUUCUCCCUUCGAAUGGCAUCCAUUUUCUAUCACAUCAGCACCAGGAGAUGACUACCUCAGUGUGCAUAUUCGAACUUUGGGUGACUGGACCCGCCAGCUCAAAACUGUUUUUUCUGAGGUUUGUAAGCCUCCAACUGCUGGUAAGAGUGGACUGCUCAGAGCUGAGGGAAACAAUCCUGGGUUUCCAAAGAUAUUGAUAGACGGACCGUACGGAGCUCCAGCACAGGACUACAAAAAAUACGACGUGGUGCUGUUGGUAGGGCUAGGGAUAGGGGCUACACCCAUGAUUAGCAUUGUGAAGGACAUCAUUAAUAACAUGGAGGAAGAUGAUGGUGAGUUAGAGAGUGGGAGAGCGACAGCUGCAAAUAACAACAAUAGCAGUAACAACAGGACGAGGAAAGCCUACUUCUAUUGGGUGACGAGGGAACAAGGUUCAUUCGAGUGGUUCAAAGGGAUAAUGAACGAGGUUGCAGAAAUGGAUGAUAAGGGGGUGAUAGAGCUGCACAACUACUGCACCAGCGUGUAUGAAGAAGGAGACGCCAGGUCAGCCCUGAUUGCAAUGCUUCAGUCGCUCCACCAUGCCAAAAACGGUGUCGAUGUUGUUUCGGGGACAAGGGUCAAAUCCCACUUUGCCAAGCCGAAUUGGCGGCAAGUCUACAAGAAAAUUGCACUCCACCAUCCUGAUGCAAGAAUUGGAGUUUUCUACUGUGGGGCACCAGCACUAACAAAAGAGCUAAGACAACUAGCUUUGGACUUCUCCCACAAGACCUCCACUAAGUUCGAUUUUCACAAGGAGAACUUUUAAAUUUGAGCAACAGGGUAUACAGAUACAUACGAUUCUGUGGUAGCAAAUUCAUAUAUUAUGGCUGACUCACUGGUAUACAACGUCAUCCAAUUAGCUACACCGGGAAUAGUUAUUAUACGUAGUUCCUCUAAUUUAAUUUAUUCGAGUUUAAAUUUCAAUUUUAAGAACAGAGAAAUUCUUGAUACAAAAAAAGAAAAAGAAAGAAGAUGUAAUUAUAUUUGAUGGAGCUGCUAAUCAAGAAUUAAAGUUGAUGGAAUUUGAUAAGCCUGUGUUUGUUCCAUUGAUUGCGUUUAGUGGGGGAUUUACCAGAAGAAACUAUGGGAACUAAAGUCACUUUUCUUACAUAUAUUUAAUCUAUGUCGUAUUGUACUGAGCAUAUGACUUUCACGAGUAGUAAUGAUAAUUUUCAUUUUAACAUA